AUGCACUGCAUUUCACAGAGUAUGAUGUUCUUUCUGGGCUCUGCUCACUGGAUUGGAAGUGGCAGGUCUGGCAAGGUGUGCCGAAUUUGUGUUGUGGAUGAAGAAGGUGGUAGUAGAAUGGUGGCUGUUAAAAAGAUAUGGAACGCGCAGAACCUUGACAACAAGCUUGAGAAGGACUUCCUUGCAGAGGUCCAGAUAUUGGGUGAGAUCCAGCACACAAACAUUGCCAAGUUGCUUUGCUGCAUCUCAAGCUCAGAGGCUAAGCUUCUUGUCUACAAGUACAUGGAAAACGGUAGCUUAGACAGGUGGCUGCAUCAGAGAGAGAGAGAGAGAGUUGGUUCACUGGUGCCUUUGGAUUGGCCCACCAGAUUGCAAAUUGACAUUGACUCAGCAAGAGGUCUUUGCUAUAUGCACCAUGAUAGUUCACCCGCAAUAGUGCACUGUGAUGUCAAGUCUGCUAAUAUCCUUCUUGACCCCGAGUUCAGAGCAAAGAUAGCCGACUUCGGGCUUGCUCGGAUUCUUCUCAAAACCAGAGACCCUGGGUCAAUUUCUGCCAUAGGUGGUACCUUUGGCUACAUGGCACCAGAGUACGGAUACCGGCUUAAGGUGAAUGAGAAGGUCAACGUCUACAGCUUCGGAGUGGUCCUGUUGGAGCUCACAACAGGGAGAGUGGCAAAUGAUGGAGGCUUGGAGUAUUGCUUGGCAGAAUGGGCAUGGAGACAGUAUCAAGAAUAUGGCCUGUCAAUUGAUCUUCUUGAUGAAGACAUUCGAGAUCCAGCCAACAUUGAAGAUGCAUUUGCAGUGUCUGCGCUAGGUGUGAUCUGUACAGGUGGGCAGUCUUCAGUACGGCCAUCAAUGAAGGAUGUGUUGUACGCUCUUCUCCGAUUUCAACAUAAAUCAAGGGAAAGAAGCCUGCAGCAUGCUGUCUCCGAAGAAACAUCACUUCUAGAAUCCUAG